AUGCCUCUUGAGCUUCGCCUUGAGUCAGACAGAGCUAUUGUUAGCUCAGACGACAACGAUUGGAUCCAACAUAUUCACAACGAGUUUACUGACUCGGAUUUGGACUCAAUUGAUGUCGACUCAAUUGAAGAGAUAUUUGAAAAACUCGGAAAAUUCAAUAUCCUCGGCCUACUAAAUCUGGCUAUACGCGUACGCGAUAUCUCUACUUCGCUCAAGGGACGCAUCUCGUUUGCUCUCACAAAUCUCGGCUUUCGCAAACCACGCGUCUCUAUGGAUCAAGAAGGCAGAUGCAUCAGGUGUGGUGAUAUGCAUGGGAUUAUGUCAUAUUUACAUGAGAUGGAAAUAUCAUCUAAAGCAGGAUGUCCAUCAUGUCACAUCUUGGUCACAGGUAUACGACUUUAUUUGAAGAACAAUAAAUCAUUCAGGAGGGGAAGAUUGAUGGUUAUGAAGGACUGGAAUACAGGCUGCGCAGGGAGGCAGUUUAUACAAACUAAUUUUAGGUCGGCGGCGAUGCCAGGGGCGCUGGGAGUGAGGGUCUUUUUAGAUGGCGGAGGAGAUUUGAAGUAUCUGUUUACCGACGCAAGGGAGGUGCCUAUGAAGUUUGUGGGCGAGUUGAACUUCUUUGGCCUUCAUGGGUCCCCUACAUCGUGGGAUUCAGUUGGCCUGGCGGCUGAGAUCUCUGCCGACACAGCCUCAGACGCUGCAUUUGAAUGGUUUAGAAACCAGGUCGACAAUUGUUUCCAAUAUCAUCGGCUGUGCAAUGAAUUCAAUAUCGCGAAGCUCCCUCCCCGAGUCCUGGACCUUGGCCCGCCUGGUGCCGCAGGGCUUGACACUGAUAUUAAGCUCGUGCCCUCCCUGGGCCAGCAAGAUCGCUACGUAUGUCUAAGUUAUUGCUGGGGCGGUACUAUUGAUAUUCGAUUGCUUCGGAAUCGAUACAACAGAUAUCUCCGUAGGAUACCGUGGGAUAUUUUCCCCCAAGGAUAUAAAGACGCCAUUCAGCUCACACGCAAAUUGAGUAUAUUUCGGAAUGCUUACGUUACCAUCGCAGCUACAAAGUCGCGGAAUCCCAAUGAUGGCUACUUUUCUGUCAGCCCAUCUAGGUUCAUCGCCACUAGAAUUGAAUAUGAAGGUCAAAACGGAGAGGCCCGACACGCAUAUGUUCGACAAACGAUCCCACACUUUUUCUCAUCAACGGUUUCACCGGAUAGUGACUUUGCGAAAGGCAAUUUCCCACUCUUAUCUCGAGGAUGGGUUUUUCAGGAAAGGCUGUUAUCUCCCAGAGUACUGCAUUUAGGAGAAGUGGAGAUGGCUUGGGAGUGCAACGAGAGCUGCGCUUGCGAAUGCAUUGGAGAAACAAAGACUUAUGAGUCAGAGCCGAGGUGGACGCACACGAAAGGAGGGUACACAAGGAGAAUUGCGGAAGCCAAGAGCGAAAAGGAUGUCCAGCCAGAAUGGAGAAGUCUCGUGGAGCACUACACUAAGACUACCUUGACAUAUCAGAAGGAUGUCCUUGCAGCGAUAUCAGGUGUAGUAAGAGACAUGAAACGUCACAGAAGCGAUAGAUACCUUGCUGGUGUGUGGGAAGACAGUGUGUUGGAAGAUCUAGCAUGGAUGCCGUGUGAUAGGACGAAGGCCAGGUCCAACGACUGGAACGCUCCAUCGUGGUCGUGGGCAUCCGUUGCGGUGCCGGUGACAUUUCCAAGUCGGCGGACAUUCCUGAACGGCAAAUACAUCCAGAGUAUGGAAUUCUUGGAGCAUAGGACACGGUUCGUCGAAGCUGGGAUCACCCCUGUGGGACAGGAUGAAACUGCGCAACUGAGCGCUGCGCAUAUGGUACUUGUUGGGCCCAUGAUUUCGGCCAAGCUCGAUGAGGACCCAGAAAUUUUGAGCCAAAGGCAGCUUUAUCUGGCAACCAAUAGGGACAAAAGCCUGGUCUUCGCACCAGACUACGACCUAGGAAGACAAGGUCCAAGUUACGUGCCCAUGGGAACUACGAUAUAUAUCCUUCACUUGUGCCAGGAGCCAAGGUUCAGUGACGGAAAACGAAAGGACACAACCAGAAAAACCUUCUCGCUGGUCCUCAGAAGAUUACAUGGAGUUAACGGUAGCGACAGCCAAAUGGUUCAUUCGAGCGAAGACCCUACAGACGGCACUUAUGAAAGAAUAGGCAUCAUGUUUCAAGGCUCGGAUCAAGAGUAUUCUGAGGGAUAUGUUGCGGCACAUGGAGUGAAUUGCGUGGUGAAACUCAUGUGA